GGUAAUAAAAGAAAUAUAAUAACAAAAAAAAAAAAGGAGAAGGGGAAAUCGAAAGCCUAUGCCUCCAAUUUCAUUCCCGCUCCAAGGCACUGUUCGAACUAAAGCAGCUCCCGGCCCUCGUUGAAACCUGACAGUUACCAUGGUGGGCCCACUUUAAGCACUGACGUGGAAUAAUCGAACCACGCCGGCAAGAUCUAAUCGUGGAGUGGUCUGAUCUGGGAUUAGCGGUUCGGAUUCAACGAUGAUGGGACCUGGGACCCACCCUCACCACCCGCUUUGAUACCGUUCUACGUCUCCUUUCCAAUGCCAACUUCUUAAUUUUUUUUGGAAGGAGAGGACAAACUAUAUAUGCUCUUUUGAUGAAAAGUAGUCGGAAUUCCUUCACGGGGUAGCAACAAUUUUUAUAAUGGCCCGUCAGUCCUCCUCGUACCCAAUUCUGUGCGCUUCCUUCAAUCAAGACAACAGUGGUCUUGCAAUAAGCACUAAGGAUGGUUUCAAAAUAUUCGAUUCGAACACCGGAAGACUCUGCUACGAACGAGCUGUUGGAGCUUUCAUUAUUGUUGAGAUGCUGUAUAGUUCUAGUCUUCUCGCCAUUGUUGGAGCUGGUGAACAGCCAUCGUUAUCUCCACGCCGUCUUUGUUUGUUCAAUACUACAACCAGUGCUCCUCUCCGAGAAAUGACUUUCCUAACUUCGAUUCUUGCUGUUCGCUUAAAUAGGAAAAGACUUGUUGUGGUUUUGCAAGAAAAAACGUACAUAUAUGACUCAAACAGCCUUGAAAUAUUGGAUACUGUUGACACUGUGCCAAAUCUAAAGGGACUUUGUGCAUUUUCCCCUAGUUUGGAUGGUUGCUUCUUGGCUCUUCCUGCCAGUACAAUCAAAGGAUCUGUAUUAGUGUACAAUGUCAUGGAGCUCCAGUCACAUUGUGAGAUUGAUGCCCACCGGUCUCCUUUGGCUGCGAUUACUUUAUCUUCCAAUGGGACAUACAUUGCAACAGCAUCUGAACAGGGAACGAUAAUCAGAGUUCAUCUGGUUUCAGAAGCAACUCAGUCAUAUAGUUUCCGGAGGGGAAGAUACCCAUCGACUAUAUUUUCAUUGUCAUUUGCACCAUCAUUGCAUCUUCCCGAUAUUCUUGCAGCCACGAGUUCUUCCGGUUCUGUUCACAUUUUCUCUCUGGGGUUCGCUACAAAUCAGAGAGACCCUUGGAACUUAAGUAGCACUAUUACACAUCUCCCAUCCGAUACUGUUGUGCAUCACAAAAUAGAGGUUAAUAGUAGGUGCAAAAGAUCAAGUAGUUUUCUUGGAUCAAUAUUACCUGAUUCUGUGAAUGAUGCACUAGAUCCAGCUGACCAUCAUGUGCUUCACGCUGCUGUUUCUGCAGGAGUCAGAAGCUAUGCGGUGGUUCGCAAGGUAGACAAGAUUGCUGAUGCAUCCUCAUCCGAAUUUUCAUCUUGUAGGGCCGUUGUAUCCUUAAUAACAUACAACGGGUACUUUCAGGAAUAUACCUUCAGUAUCAACAACAAGAACGAGUCUUCAUGGAGCCUGGAUCGCGAAUUCAACCUUCUGACAUUCGUUUCAGAUAGUGCAAAAAGCUCAUGACUGAAAGUGUUGCAGCAUGGGGCCUCUAAUCUCUAAACCUUGUUCUAGUUCUACGGUUGCUGACACAGUUGAACAAUGAAUGGAGAUGUAAUCACGUAGUGCUGACCUUGAGCAGUGUUAAAUUAUUAGACUUGACCUGCAGAAGUUGAAGGACUAUUGUAUAUAUAACAAGUCAACGCCUCCAUUUUAUUGUUCAGUAUGCCACUCCAGGAAUAUAAUGUGAGGGUUGGCAUAAUCAUUGCUCACAGCCGAGUUGUAUAAUCAAAACUGAAAAUUAUAGACUCCAAUUAACUUAUAUUUUUUAACUU